GUGCGCAGCGCCGUAUGUGGGGCCGUGUGCAGACCCGCGUGUGGCGCAGGCAAGGACCCUCAAAAUAAACAGCCUCUACCUUGCGAGCCGUCUUCCCAAGGCCUGCGUCCGAGUCUCCGCCGCUGCGGGCCCGCUCCGACGCGGAAGAUCUGACUACAGCCAUGAGCAGCAAUGAGUGCUUCAAGUGUGGACGAUCUGGCCACUGGGCUCGGGAAUGUCCUACUGGUGGAGGCCGUGGUCGUGGAAUGAGAAGCCGUGGCAGAGGUGGUUUUACCUCGGAUAGAGGUUUCCAGUUUGUUUCCUCGUCUCUUCCAGACAUCUGUUAUCGCUGUGGUGAGUCUGGUCAUCUUGCCAAGGAUUGUGAUCUUCAGGAGGAUGCCUGCUAUAACUGCGGUAGAGGUGGCCACAUUGCCAAGGACUGCAAGGAGCCCAAGAGAGAGCGAGAGCAAUGCUGCUACAACUGUGGCAAACCAGGCCAUCUGGCUCGUGACUGCGACCAUGCAGAUGAGCAGAAAUGCUAUUCUUGUGGAGAAUUCGGACACAUUCAAAAAGACUGCACCAAAGUGAAGUGCUAUAGGUGUGGUGAAACUGGUCAUGUAGCCAUCAACUGCAGCAAGACAAGUGAAGUCAACUGUUACCGCUGUGGCGAGUCAGGGCACCUUGCACGGGAAUGCACAAUUGAGGCUACAGCCUAAUUAUUUUCCUUUGUCGCCCCUCCUUUUUCUGAUUGAUGGUUGUAUUAUUUUCUCUGAAUCCUCUUCACUGGCCAAAGGUUGGCAGAUAGAGGCAACUCCCAGGCCAGUGAGCUUUACUUGCCGUGUAAAAGGAGGAAAGGGGUGGAAAAAAACCGACUUUCUGCAUUUAACUACAAAAAAAGUUUAUGUUUAGUUUGGUAGAGGUGUUAUGUAUAAUGCUUUGUUAAAGAACCCCCUUUCCGUGCCACUGGUGAAUAGGGAUUGAUGAAUGGGAAGAGUUGGGUCAGACCAGUAAGCCCGUCCUGGGUUUCUUGAACAUGUUCCCAUGUAGGAGGUAAAACCAAUUCUGGAAGUGUCUAUGAACUUCCAUAAAUAACUUUAAUUUUAGUAUAAUGAUGGCCUUGGAUUGUCUGACCUCAGUAGCUAUUAAAUAACAUCAAGUAACAUCUAUAUCAGGCCCUACAUAGAACAUACAGUUGAGUGGGAGUAAACAAAAAGAUAAACAUGCGUGUUAAUGGCUGUUCGAGAGAAAUCGGAAUAAAAGCCUAAACAGGAACAACUUCAUCAGUGUUGAUGUUGGACACAUAGAUGGUGAUGGCAAAGGUUUAGAACACAUUAUUUUCAAAGACUAAAACCCAGAGUAAACAUCAAUGCUCAGAGUUAGCAUAAUUUGGAGCUAUUCAGGAAUUGCAGAGAAAUGCAUUUUCACAGAAAUCAAGAUGUUAUUUUUGUAUACUAUAUCACUUAGACAACUGUGUUUCAUUUGCUGUAAUCAGUUUUUAAAAGUCAGAUGGAAAGAGCAACUGAAGUCCUAGAAAAUAGAAAUGUAAUUUUAAACUAUUCCAAUAAAGCUGGAGGAGGAAGGGGAGUUUGACUAAAGUUCUUUUUGUUUGUUUCAAAUUUUCAUUAAUGUAUAUAGUGCAAAAUACCAUAUUAAAGAGGGGAAUGUGGAGGACUGAAA